AUGAGAGAAAUCAUUUCAUUUCAUUUUGGAUAAUCUGGAGCCCAACUAGCAAGUCCACUUUGGGAGUUAUAUUGUUUAGAACAUGGUAUCAAUUUGGAUGGAUCAGUUUCAAAUAAUUCUGAAAUUUAAGAGAAUGACACAAAUCGUGAAAUAUUAUUUUCUGAGACUCAAAAUAAUCGCUAUGUACCAUUAGCUUAUAUAGCUGAUGAUGAUGAUUACAGUAUUGAUCAAAUCAAAAAUGGUUAACUUAAGAAAUUGUUUUCAACUAAAUCUUUAUAAGAAUUUAAAGGAGAUUCAGGAAGUAUUUGGAUUUCAAGUUAUAAAAGUGCACAAGCUUCUGAAAAUUUUAGAAAUCAAAUUCAUUAAUUAUUAGAUAAAUGCGAUUCUUUAUAAGGGAUUAUGAUAUAUCAUUCUGUAAGUGGUGGUUUUGGAGGGAGCUAUGCAUCCUAUUUAUUAAAUGAAUUUGAGGAUGAUUUUUCCAAGGUAAUAAAAUCAACCGUUUCCAUGCUUUCGUCAGAUUAGAAUUCAACAUCAACAAUUGUGGAGCCAUAUAACUCAGUUUUUACUAUUAAUUAAUUAAAGUAAUACUCUAAUUUUAACAUAUUUAUUGAUAACUCAGCGCUCUCCCAGGUAUGUGAGCGCUAAUUAGAAAUUGAUUGGGCUAAUUUUGGCAUUUUAAAUAAAAUGAUUGCUUAGAUGAUAGCAUCAAUUACCUCUACAUAAAGACUUAAUUCUGAAAAUUUUGUAGAUUUAUAAGACAUGUAUUAAAAUCUUGUUUUACUACCAGAAUUGCAAUUUUUACACACAUCCUACGCUCCUUUUAUUUAAAGAGACUAAUAAAAUUCAUCAAGUGUUAAUUUACUUUAAAUCUCUUAAGCCCUGUUUAAUGAAGCAGGGUCAUUUAUUAAAUUUACUCCUAAUCCAUCAUAAUAUUUUGGAGUGAAUUUAUUUUAUCGAGGAGAUUGCCCCUACUCAGAUUUACAAAGCACCAUAAAUGAACUUAAGAAUUCUAAAUGCAUUAAUUUCGCAGAUUGGGUACCCAUCAAUUAUCAAGUUGCAAUGAGCUCUAAAAGUACAGUCCAAUUUCAUAAUGCAGAACUAGGAAGAGGAAAUAAAACUGCUUGUUUAGUGGCUAAUUCAACACGUAUAUUAAAUCCCUUAAAGAAUAUUUAAUCAAGAUUUAAGAAUUUGUAUUAAAAGAAGUGCUUUCUUCAUUGGUUUUUAAAGAAUUCUUAGAUUGAUGAGUCAUAAUUUGUAAACGGUUUAGACUUCUUCUCAUCCUUAUUAUCAAAUUAUGAAUAAUCAAUUUCACAAGAUAUAAAUCAAGAAAAAUAAAAUGUAGAUGAUGAGGCUUCAAUCGAAGAGAUUGAUGAGAUAAAUAAAUGA